AUGCCUAUACUAGGCGAGCUGGUGAUGGGAACAGUGAAACGAAGUGCUUCAGAGAUCAUAGUGGAAGGUAGUAUUUUCAAAGCUGCUUCAGCAGCUUCCCCAACAAGCAAGCCAUUCUUACAAUGUGACUUUGACAUUCGUCCCCUCGAGGCAGCUGACUUGGCAUUUACUCUGGAAGAGAGACAACAGCUCAACAUUCAUGGAUUGCUGCCACCUAGCUUCAUCAGUCAGGAGAUCCAGGUCCUUAGAGUAGUUAAGAAUUUUGAGCGCCUGAACUCUGACUUUGACAGGUAUCUUCUGUUGAUGGAUCUGCAAGAUAGAAAUGAGAAGCUCUUUUAUAGUGUGCUGAUGUCUAAUAUUGAAAAAUUUAUGCCUAUCGUAUAUACUCCCACUGUGGGUCUUGCAUGCCAGCAAUACAGUUUGGCAUUUCGGAAGCCAAGAGGCCUCUUUAUUAGCAUCCACGACAAAGGGCACAUUGCUUCAGUUCUUAACGCAUGGCCAGAAGAUGUUGUGAAGGCCGUUGUGGUGACUGACGGAGAGCGUAUUCUAGGCCUGGGAGACCUUGGUUGUAAUGGGAUGGGCAUCCCUGUGGGUAAACUGGCCCUGUACACAGCCUGUGGAGGGGUGAAUCCACAGCAGUGCUUACCUGUCAUUUUGGAUGUGGGAACAGAAAAUGAGGAGUUGCUUCAAGAUCCAUUAUACAUUGGGCUGCGACAGAGGAGAGUGAGAGGUCCUGAAUAUGACAAGUUUUUGGAUGAAUUCAUGGAGGCAGUUUCUUCCAAAUAUGGCAUGAAUUGCCUUAUUCAGUUUGAAGACUUUGCCAAUCGGAAUGCAUUUCGUCUCCUGGACAAGUAUCGAAACAAGUAUUGCACAUUUAAUGAUGAUAUUCAAGGAACAGCGUCUGUUGCAGUUGCGGGUCUCCUUGCAGCUCUUCGAAUAACCAAGAACAAGCUCUCUGAUCAGACAGUGCUGUUCCAGGGAGCUGGAGAGGCUGCCUUGGGGAUUGCUCACCUGAUCGUUAUGGCCAUGGAGAAAGAAGGUUUGUCAAAGGAGAAUGCUAUAAAAAAGAUAUGGUUGGUUGACUCAAAAGGAUUAAUAGUUAAGGGACGUGCUUCUCUCACAGAAGAGAAGGAGGUGUUUGCCCAAGAACACGAAGAAAUGAAGAACCUGGAAGCCAUUGUUCAAAAGAUAAAACCAACUGCCCUCAUAGGAGUUGCUGCAAUUGGUGGUGCUUUCACAGAACAAAUUCUCAAAGAUAUGGCUGCCUUCAACGAACGGCCCAUCAUUUUUGCUUUGAGUAAUCCAACCAGCAAAGCAGAGUGUUCUGCAGAACAGUGCUACAAAGUGACCAAGGGGCGUGCGAUCUUUGCCAGCGGCAGUCCUUUUGAUCCAGUCACUCUUCCAGAUGGACAGACACUCUACCCUGGCCAAGGCAACAACUCCUAUGUGUUCCCUGGAGUUGCUCUUGGGGUGGUGGCCUGUGGACUGAGACACAUCACUGACAAGGUCUUCCUCACCACUGCUGAGGUCAUAUCUCAGCAAGUGUCAGAUAAGCACCUAGAAGAGGGCCGACUCUAUCCUCCUUUGAAUACAAUUCGAGAUGUUUCAUUGAAAAUUGCAGUACAGAUUGUGACAGAUGCAUACAGAGAAAAGAUGGCCACUGUUUACCCUGAGCCCCCAAACAAAGAAGAAUUUGUCUGCUCCCAGAUGUACAGCACAAAUUAUGACCAGAUCUUACCUGAUUGCUAUUCUUGGCCGGAAGAAGCCCAAAAAGUGCAGACCAAAGUCAGUCAGUAAACACAACAGCUAGAAUUUUUAAUUUUACUAAUAAGAUCUUGAAGUUUUUGUAAUUUCUAAGGGUUGGAAUCUUUUAUGUUGAUUAAUAGUAUACUUAGAAUAAGGUGACUUUAGUUUAACAAUCAAAUCCUUGAAAGUAUAUUAGAGUAAGCCUCACACUUGACGGUUUUGUUUCACUUACUCUGGUUAUUUAUGUUUUCUGUUUUCAUUAUUCUCUUUACAAAUUCUAUUGAAAAGCUGUUGUACGUGCUACUGAGAAACUUAUCACUGAUAAUGUAGGAAGCUAAUGGAAGAUCCAAACUAUAAUAAAUUAAUGUAGUGUAACUUCAUCUUGUUAAUGUCUACAGUUCUUUCUUGACCAUUUUGCUAAAAUCUUUUAAAAAGUAAAGAUAAACACAAACUUAGGCAUAGCUGAACUUUUACUAAACAGAAACACUACUUGGCUGCCUAGAGAAAAUUCUUCUCCAGGCCUCCGUUAGCCCUGUUCUUUUUGCAUAACUGAACUCUUCAACAGCUGGAAGAAAGCUAACUGCUGUUUACAAUACCUGUGCAGCCUUAGAUCCUAAUAUUCUUUUGUCACUGUUACAUCUCAGAGAGUAGAGCUCUUUUUGCUCUGAUUUUGAGUCCCACACUCUGCAAAAGCUCUUUUCCUCAUCUACGACCAAAUGCUUUCCCCAGCUCCUGGCCCUGCUGAGAGACUUCUGUUAGCGAGGCCCGGGGAAGUAAGAAAGGCCGCCAGGAAGGUCCUUGCCAAGGGCUCCCGAGGAGUCCCCCUCCAGGAUAAGGGUGUCAGAAGAAAGACUGUGGUUCCCAGAAAAGCUAGGGGUCCAUGAGAGUCACCUGCCCUGAUGGCCCUGUGGUUAGCUCAGGUGACUGAGAACUCGCAGCAUGAAUGACAAUAUCUCCGAUGUCUAGCCUUCCAUCAGAUACUAAAAUACGCUAAUUUCCAAAACCAUUCUAUGAGGAAGAAUGACCAUUUUCCCAGGUUGUACUAAUUUUCUGGACAAGUUGAUGGUGGAAUUAAUAGAAUCCACUGUCAAUCCUAAACUCAGGUUGGAGAAUAUUCUGUAUAUCCAGAGAUACUUGUGAUUUUAAAGUGAUGCUUUAAUGCCUGUAUGCUGCUCAAGAUGGCAUUAUAAAGUGAUCUCCUUGAUCAAGAUGAAGGCUACACAGGUUCUUCCAAGUGCAAGGUAAAGGAGUGGAGACUGUCUAAUGGCAACUUUUGCUUCCUCCAUGUAGUUUUUGGGAAAGAUUCAGAAUUCCUAUCUAUUUCUUGUCUGUUUCCAUGUUGUCAAAUAGUUUUAACUGAAUGUAUUUACCUAUGCAAAAGAUUUAUUAAAGCAUAGAAAACAUGAA